CCCAUCCCACUUCAUGUUGCCUCCCAAACUCAACCAUAUUCCCGCCAGCACUUUCGCCACUUUUUCCGGCGCUGGGACUGCAGUAUCUAGGAGCCUCCUCCCUUCCAUUAAAAUGGGAUUUCUUUUUUCAAAGCAUAUGAAUGAAAAUAUGAAACAGCAGCAGGAGUUUAUGCUCAUGAAUGCUCGACUUCAGAUGGAAAGGCAAUUAACGAUACAAAAUGAAAUGAGAGAAAGGCAGAUGGCCAUGCAGAUUGCUUGGACAAGAGAAUUCCUCAAAUAUUUUGGGACAUUUUUUGGCAUUGCUGCCAUCAGCCUCACAGCUGGAGCAAUUAAAAAAAAGCAACCAGGCCUCUUCUUCCCUAUUGUUCCAUUAAGCUUUAUCCUUGCCUAUCAAUACGAUAUGGGCUACGGAACCCUUCUGCAGAGGAUGAAAGGUGAAGCAGAGAACAUAUUAGAGACAGAAAACAGCAAGCUACAGUUGCCAAGAGGAUCAAUCACUUUUGAAACCCUGGAAAAGGCCAGAAAAGCUCAGAGCAAAUUCUUCAUAGAAAAAUGAAGGAAGUACCUUCACUGGGCUGUACUCAAAGCACAAAAUAACUUGGUUGAAUCAAGGUUUUUUGUUUUGUUUUGUUUUUUAAAUAAAAGUUAAUUUUUUAAAUGGCAUUAAUAUUUUGGAUAUAAUAUAAUUUGUUAAAAAAAUGAAAACUUAUGAUGUCUCAAAUACAUCCUGCAUUUUGUUUCUUUCUGACUACAAUUUGUCCUUCUUUUUCACAUUUUCUAAAACCGAUAGGUAAUACUCAGUGUGGUUCACAACUUUUCUAGGCCUGCCCGCUGUGACUUGCUAAAUCAGUGGCUUUGAAUGUACUUGUCAUAAAAAAGUUUUGAAUACAAACUCUCAUUAUAUAUUUGUCUAUUUACAAAGUAUAUACAUGUACUCCCCUAUAAAUAUGUUAUGUACAUUAUAGAAAUAGAUCCAAAGUAGAAAUGUAAAAAGGAUGAAAUAAAUAUUUUGCUUAUACUGAUUUGUAAACCAUAAAACCUUUCUGCUCUCAUUAAAAAUGCUGUUGACGGGAAUUGUUAUCAAAUCAUAUUUUAGCGAUAGCGGUGUGAUCAAAUAUGCUUCCAGAGUUUUGAAAGUCUUGGUUGAACACUUUAUGAUAUGGACGUGAAAGUCUUGUUCUUAGCUCAGUUAAUUUUAGUAGUUGGUUUUAAUUAAUGGCUUCCAUAGCUGAAAUAGAAAUUUUGUACUGAUAUGUAGUUCCAAAAGGAAGAAGCAUAUCGUAGGUCGCACUUAUUAAUCAUGAUGCUUGUUUUGUUGAAAUUCAGCUAGUACAUGUUCAUAUUUUCUGAUGUCAAUCUAUUGUUCUUGAAAAUUAAUUGGAAGCUGCUGCAGAUAUUUUUAACAAAUGGCUUCAAAAUCCUUUGAAAUUCAUUUGGAAGAUUCUUAAAUAGGAGAUUUGUUCCCAAACUGUUUUUUUAAAUGGUGAAAAAAUAAUAAUAAAUAUUCAUGAAAA